UCUUUAAGCCCCGUUGUUGAGUAAAGUGACUUGCCUUGUCUUUUGUGCUCUGUCUCCCUGCCAUCAUCUCUCACUGUUGCAGAGUAUUCCAGCAGCUUCUUAGUUUUCCUGCCUCUUAUGUUUCCUUUCUCUGGUUGCUCUUCCUCAUUCUUCCAGUUAAGGGCACAGCGAUAACUAUCAUUUCUCUGCUAAUCUGUUCUCUUCGGUGGCCCUCCAUUAUCAGUAAAGAAAAUAUUAAAAAUGCUUAGGGUGGUGUUGGCUUUCCAGGACCACCAGACUCUUCCUUUCCUCUUUCUUUUCCACAUUCAAAAAAGACUGUUCCACAUUCUCUGAACCUGUCAUAUCUUCCCAUACCCAGGUCUUGGUCAUACUAUGUGCUCUAUAAGAACUGACCUUUCCUCCUUCUUUCCCCCAAACCGUAUAUCAAACCCUACCUUCUUCACUGUUCAUAUUCAUUCAAGUUCAUUUCUCUUUGUUGCUCGCUCUCUCUCCCCCUCUCCUACCCAUCCCUAAAGGUUUGAUUCUCUGCUUCAGUGGUCUAAUAGCAUAUUGUGUCCCUAUUAUGGUGCUUAUAAAAAUCUGCUUUUUAUUUUAGGGAUAUGUGUUCAUGUCUUAUCUCCCUGAAUUGUUGUAAGCAUUGUAAGUUGAAAGGAAAGUUUGGGUCUUGCCUUCUUUCUUUAUCCCUCAAAGCAUUUAGCAGAAUUUGUGCUUGUUUUACUGAAUACUAUAGAAGGAGCUCAUUGAUUCGUCAUGAACAGUGAAAUAGCAAGAAGAGUUGAACUGGAAGUAGAUGAUUUUGAAUCUGAGAGACUGGACGAAUCCUGAUACCUUUAACCGAAAUUCAGAGGAGUUGCUGAUGUGUGGUAUGCGGCCUGGAAGAAACGCUGGUUUAUCCUGCGGAGUGGGCGGAUGAGCGGUGACCCAGAUGUUCUGGAAUACUACAAGAAUGAUCACUCCAAGAAGCCCCUGCGCAUCAUCAACCUGAACUUCUGCGAGCAGGUGGACGCAGGCCUGACCUUCAACAAGAAGGAGCUGCAGGAUAGUUUUGUGUUUGACAUCAAGACCAGCGAGCGCACCUUUUACCUGGUGGCCGAGACGGAGGAGGACAUGAAUAAGUGGGUCCAGAGCAUCUGCCAGAUCUGUGGCUUCAAUCAGGCUGAGGAGAGCACAGACUCCCUGAGGAACAUUUCCUCAGCCAGUCACGGCCCCCGCUCUUCUCCAGCUGAGUUCAGCAGCUCCAAUCAGCACCUUCUCCGAGAACGAAAAUCCUCAGCCCCUUCGCACUCCAGCCAGCCAACCUUGUUCACCUUUGAACCCUCGGUGUCGAACCACGUGCAGCCCGCCUUGUCCACCAGUGCACCUCAGGAGUAUCUCUACUUGCACCAGUGCAUAAGCCGGAGAGCAGAAAAUGCAAGGAGCGCCAGCUUCUCUCAGGGCACCAGGGCCUCGUUUCUCAUGAGGAGCGACACGGCCGUGCAAAAACUUGCCCAGGGCAACGGACACUGUGUCAACGGGGUCAGUGGUCAAGUCCAUGGCUUCUACAGCCUCCCCAAGCCAAGCAGGCACAAUACAGAAUUCAGAGACAGUACCUACGACCUCCCCCGGAGCCUGGCCUCCCAUGGCCACACCAAGGGCAGCCUCACAGGCUCUGAGACGGAUAACGAGGAUGUGUACACCUUCAAGAUGCCCAGCAACACCCUGUGCCGUGAGUUUGGGGACCUCCUGGUGGAUAAUAUGGAUGUUCCGGCCACCCCACUCUCAGCCUACCAGAUCCCUAGGACAUUCACCCUGGACAAGAACCACAACACCAUGGCAGUCGCCACUCCUGGGGACUCGGCCGUAGCCCCCCCACCCCGGCCCCCCAAGCCAAGUCAGGCAGAAACACCUCGAUGGGGCAGCCCUCAGCAGAGGCCUCCAGUCGGUGAUAGCAGCAGAUCGGCCUCUGCCGCUGCAACCAUCCCCAGGCGCAAUACCCUCCCAGCCAUGGACAACAGCCGACUUCACCGAGCUUCUUCCUGCGAGUCCUACGACUACCCCCAGCGUGGUGGAGACAAUGCGGGCCGGUCCACCGAGUCCGUGAGUGAUGCAGUCAGCGCUUUUCUGCCAGGGAAAACAGCUGUAGGCCGAUCGGAUAGCACCAAUUCCGAAGACAACUACGUGCCUAUGAAUCCGGGCUCCUCCACCCUGCUGGCCCUGGAGCGAGCAGGUGAUAAUCCCCAGAGUGUCUACAUCCCCAUGAGCCCGGGGCCCCAUCACUUUGACCCGCUUGGCUACCCCACCUCAGCCCUUCCUAUGCACCGAGGCUCCAGCCGAGCGAGUGAGAUCCAGCCACCCCCUGUCAACCGCAACCUCAAACCUGACCGGAAAGCGAAGCCAACACCACUUGACCUGAGAAACAAUACCGUCAUCGAUGAGCUCCCCUUCAAGUCACCCAUCACCAAGUCUUGGUCCAGGGCCAUCCACUCCUUCAACCCAGGAUCCACCCAGUACUGCCGCCCCAUCUCCACACAGAGCAUCACCAGCACGGACUCGGGAGACAGUGAAGAGAACUACGUCCCUAUGCAAAACCCAGUGUCUGCAUCUCCCAUUCCCAGUGGCACCAACAGUCCGGCCCCUAAGAAGAGCACUGGCAGCGUGGAUUAUCUGGCCCUGGACUUCCAGCCGAGCUCCCCAAGCCCCCACCGCAAGCCAUCCACGUCAUCAGUCACUUCCGACGAGAAGGUGGACUACGUCCAAGUGGACAAGGAGAAGACCCAGGCCCUGCAGAGCACCAUGCAGGAGUGGACAGACGUGCGGCAGUCCUCGGAGCCCUCCAAGGGGGCCAAGCUGUGACGCGCGGGCCACCGCCCCAGGGAGGGGCCAGGAGGCGGCGUCUCCAGAGCCGAUGCCUCCCCGUCUGUCUCCCCCUUCUCCUCUCCAGCGCGCCCUCCUGCCCACCCCCUCUCUACUCUGCCACUCUGGCCUUCAAAGCACUUGACAUCAGGAACCCUGACCCCUUCCCCUGGGAGGUGAGGGCCUGAUCGAGGCGCUUCCUCGGCUCACUCGGGGCCCACCUUUGAUUUUUAUCAGCAAUGGCCAUGCCUCUACCCACCUUAGUUAGAGCUAUUGCCAAAAAGCAUCCUUCAGCCUCUUCCUGCCCUUUAGACCCGAAUACCUACCAGACGUGUGGAGGGAGGGGCUGGGGCUCUGAGCCAGAUUCCACACCUCACCUUUGGGCACAGCUCUCAGCCCCUGUCCCUCCCGCUACUGGCCUACCUCUCCCCCAGUCCCGGAAGAAGCCAAGUCGUCUCGCUGACCCAGGGAGCCAAGGACCAGCAGACCAAGGUGGAUACAGACUUCUUCAGCCCUGUCUUUCUUGGCAGGGGAGAGGCAAGGCCACCAAAAGAUGAAGGAGUCGAGGAGGAAGGUCAGAGGUGGUCUUGAGGGACAAAGGAGUUAGACCCCCAGAUGCAGGAGGGCAGUGGGUACCUGCUGUGGUCCCCCAUUUGCAGGCCAAGUGGCAGUGCAGCUGUUGCCGGGUGGGAGAGGCAGAAGGACAAGGACAGCAGGAGGGGAAGACUGAGGAUGAUGGGCAACCCAGAACAAGGAGCAGGAGAUGGGGCGACGAAGACACUGCGGGGCCCGGCCCCCGGGACUGUGGGGCCACAGGCCCGGCUCUGCCGCUCUGGGACAGAGCAUAGUCCUCUUCCCCGAGACCCCACCCAGCCAAGAGCGCCGCACCCACGAAGCUCGGACUGUGCUGGGCGGUGCAGCGCGUGGGGUGGGAGCGCCGAUGUGGUGGUGGUGGGGGGCCGGCGGAGCUGUGGGAAGGCGACGCAGUGUGCGGGGUGGAGGUGCG